AGGCUCGCACCUGCCCGCCCUCACCAAGGACGACUACGUGGAGCUGGGCGUCACCCGGCUGGGCCACCGCAUCAACAUCGAGCGCGCCCUCAGGCAACUGUUGGACGCUGCCACUUGACCACGGUCACCGCCGCGGCCAUGUCGUCCAUCCCGGAGCUGAUCCAGAAGAAGCGGGACGGAGGGAAGCUGAGCGACGGCGACAUCCGACGCUUCGUGGAGGCCGUGACCAGCGGAAGCAUCCAAAGCUGCCAGACAGGUGCCAUGCUGAUGGCCAUCUGGCAGCGGGGCAUGGACGCCCGCGAGACGGCGAGCCUGACCGAAGAGAUGAUGCGGUCGGGGGAAGUGAUGUCGUGGCCGCCGGAGUGGGCGGGGCUCCUGGCGGACAAGCACUCCACGGGCGGCGUGGGCGACAAAGUCAGCCUGGCGCUGGCGCCCGCGCUGGCCGCCUGCGGCUGCAAGGUCCCCAUGAUAAGUGGGCGGGGCCUGGCCCACACCGGCGGCACGCUGGACAAACUGGAGUCCAUUCCCGGUUUCGACAUCCACCGGUCGGCCGAGCAGCCGCAUGUUUUUGCAGGUGCGAGCCAUCCUGAGCAGCGUGGGCUGUUGCAUUGUGGGUCAGACGGAGACGCUGGUUCCCGCCGACCGCGUCCUCUACGCCGCGCGCGACGUCACGGCCACCGUGGACAGCCUGCCGCUAAUCACGGGCUCCAUCAUCUCCAAGAAAGGCGCCGAGUCGCUGACGGCGCUGGUUCUGGAUGUCAAGUUCGGCCGGGCCGCUCUCUACAAAGACUUGGGCAGCGCCAAGGAGCUGGCGCGCCUCCUGGUGCAGACGGGCGAGCUGCUGGGCAUACGCACGGCCGCGGUGCUGAGCCGAAUGGACGCCGUCAUCGGACGCAGCGUGGGCAACAGUCUGGAGGUCAUCGAGGCGCUGCAACUGCUCAAGGGCGACUGCCGCCACCGCCCAGACCUCAUGGAGCUCGUCGCCGCGCUCGGCGGCCUCCUGCUGGCCAUGACGGGACUGGCGGCCGACCGAUCGGAGGGCGCCGAGAAGAUUUCGCGGGCCGUGACGGGCGGAGCCGCUCUGCUCAAGUUCCGGGCCAUGAUGGAGGCUCAGGGCGUCGCCCCGGAGACCGCGAGGGCGCUGUGCGCCGCCGACGCCGACUACUUCAAGAUUCUGGGGAAAGCCCGGCAUCGGCUGGACUUGACGGCCGACCGCGACGGUGUGCUGCUGGACGUGGACGGUUUGGUUUUGGCGGAAGUGGUUCACAAGUUGGGGGCGGGGCGUUCCGAGGCCGGACAACCUGUCAAUCACAGGGUGGGGGCGGAGCUACUGCUGUCCCUUGGGCAGGAAGUCUCCAAAGGAACCCCCUGGCUGCGAGUCCACUACGAGGACCCGGCUCCCAGUUCAGACCAGGUCGAGCGACUGCAGAGCGCGCUCGUCCUGGGAUCGGCCGCCGAGUGGCGAAAGCAAACUUUGGUGCAAGAAGUUCUGCUUCCUGUCUGACGCACGUCCUUCAAGCUGACCCAUUUCGUGGCUCCCGCUGCUCACCCGUUACCAGGGCAACGCGUAGUCCAAGUACUUCCAAGACUUUGGUGCUCAAGGGCAACAUUUGAUUUUUGGAGUUAAAAAAAAAAAAAUGCAUUUUCAGAAUUACAUUUUAUUUUGAUUAUAAUUGAUUCAUUUUUUUAUAAAAUUAGUUUUUAUUUACUGUAAAUCCUAUGAAUUGUUAAUUUUAUAUACAAUUAAAUACAAGGUCAAUAUUUAUUUCUCCCUCAUUUUUUAUUCAUAAUUGGAGUGCAUGAACAAAUUAUUUACU